CCAUUUUGAGUAAAAUUUUGACACUUCCGCCGGCCGCAGCUGUCAAAAUUCUUUCUUUUCGUUGUUAUUACGACGGUAGUUUGGUCCCACACAACCAAUCAAAAUGAAAUUGAACAAGUUUGUGUCGUCGUCGCGCAGGAAGAACCGCAAGCGCCACUUCCAGGCCCCGUCACACAUCCGCCGUCGCCUGAUGUCCGCCCCUCUGUCCAAGGAGCUGCGUCAGAAGUACAACGUGCGCUCGAUGCCCAUUCGUCGUGACGAUGAGGUUCAGGUGAUCCGCGGCCACAACAAGGGCAGCCAGGUCGGCAAAGUUGUCCAGGCCUACCGCAAGAAGUUCGUCGUCUACAUUGAGAAGAUCCAGCGUGAGAAUGCGAACGGCACCAACGUCUACGUUGGCAUCCACCCCAGCAAAGUUUUGAUUGUUAAGCUGAAGCUGGAUAAGGAUCGCAAGGCCAUUCUGGAGCGUCGCAGCAAGGGACGUCUGGCUGCUCUGGGCAAGGACAAGGGCAAAUACACGGAAGAGACUGCCGCUCAGCCCAUGGAGACGGCGUAAAUGCUCCCUCCCAAGCACCUAACAYCAACAACAACAACUGUUAUUUGUGUGCAGCAGCAGCAACAAAAACAA